AUGACAAGCUAUUGUGGAUGCCUUUGGAGUAAGCCGGGUAACUGGCAGCCUCAGUGCCUCCCGCAGGUCUCACUCAAGGCCCACGCAACUAUUCUGUCAUCUGUAGCCCGUACAACCUUGAUCCAGACUUUUGUCAAUCCAUCUGACAGUGUCAUUGAAGAGCUAUCCUACCACUUCCCUCUUUAUGAUGGUAUCAGUGUGGUUGGGUUCAAAUGCAAGGUUGGAUCUCGUCUCCUGCACAGCAAGGUGAAGACCAAGUCGCAAGCCAAUGCGGACUAUCAAAAUGCCGUGGCUCAACAUCAAACUGCAGCUGUCAUGGAUCACACCUCAAUGGGUGACGUUUUUGUCAUUCGACUCGGCAAUGUUCCCGCUCGUGGAAACCUCACCGUCGACAUCACUUUUGUGGGAGAGUUGAAACAAGACUCCCAAAGAGACGGCAUUCGCUAUACACUGCCAAGCACCAUCGCCCCUCGCUAUGGAACUGAUAUGUCUUAUAGUCAAACCCAUUUAAAUUCAUUCGGUCUGCCAGCAAACCUCCAAAGAAUGUCUAUCACCGUUGAUGUUCAAAUGGAGAAGGGUUCGGUGAUCCGAGAGUUGGAAUCUCCAAGCCAUCGGAUCAAAGUCUCUCUUGGACGCGUGUCUUCUACACCAGUAACAUCCGCUACCUUUGAACCUUCGCAAGCAUCUGCCUUUGCCGUUCUCCAGCAGAACCAUAAAUCUGUGGUUCUGGAACAAGACCUUGUCGUUCUCAUCAAAGCAGACGGCCUUGAUACACCGUGCGCAUUGCUUGAAAGACACCCAACUAUCCCUAACCAGCGGGCCCUAAUGGCAACACUUGUUCCAAAGUUUAGCCUGCGACCGGCUAGUCCCGAGGUGGUCUUCGUCAUUGACAGAAGUGCGAGUAUGGUGUCGACAAUACCAACCUUGAGAUCUGCACUCCAAGUUUUUUUAAAAUCUUUGCCUGUCGGUAUUUGCUUCAACAUCUGCUCUUUUGGUCAUACCCAUUGCUUCAUGUGGGAAAAAAGUCAGGUGUACGAUGCACUUGGUCUUCAGUACGCUUUGGACUUUGUAGAUACCAUCGAUGCGAAUAUGGGUGGCACGGAGAUGAAACAAGCAGUCAUCGCCACUGUGAAUAAUAGACUCAACUCCAAGGAUCUGGAUGUUUUGAUUCUCACUGAUGGGCAGAUAUACGACCAGGACGAUUUGUUCGACUUCGUCCGCGAAAAGGCCGCUGACAAUACUGCCCGGUUCUUCUCCUUGGGAAUUGGCGAAGCAGUAUCUCACUCUUUGAUUGAAGGAAUUGCAAGAGCGGGAAAUGGAUUCAGCCAAUCGGUUACGGAGUAUGAAGAACUUGAUCGCAAGGUCGUCCGUAUGCUCAAGGGUGCCCUGACUCCUCAUGUCAACGACUACAAGCUCGAAGUUGAAUACGACGCCGAAAUGGAGCAAGAGUUCGACUUUGUGAGCGAGACUGAGGAAGUGACCGACUCUGAGAUUGAGGUCAAAGACAAGAAUGGAGAUGGACAUGUUUCCAUCGAAGAAACAGCACGCAGCUCAUCGCAGCCGAUCUCAUUGUUCGACGAGAACUUCCAGGAACCCCACCUCGAUGUCGGUACCAAAGAGAGAACAUGUCAAAAACUUCCCACUCUUAGCCCUCCAAGGGUGAUCCAAGCUCCCUACAACAUCCCACCUCUGUACCCGUUCGUCAGGACAACCGUCUUCCUCCUUCUGGACCCGCACCCAUCUGAGAAGAUCCCCAAGUCCCUGAAACUUAGUGCAACAUCCAACGACGGUCCACUGGAGCUGCGAAUUCCAGUCUGCAACAUUGGAACCGGCGAAACAAUCCAUCAACUCGCUUCGCGUAAGGCUGUCAUCGAACUCGAAGAGGGACAUGGCUGGCUCCCUCAUGCUAUAGACGAGAACGGAAACAAAUUCAAACAGUAUCAUACCGGAAUAAAGCAGCGACUUGUAGAACAUGAAUGCCAGAGCCUGGGAAUUAAAUACCAGGUCACUGGAAAAUACUGCUCGUUCGUGGCCUUGGAAGAGUGCAGCUCUUCGUCUUCGGAACAACACGGUAAACAACAUACCCCGAAGGAAUAUGCUGUGGAGCACAUCUCUCCCAUUUCAAAUUCAGUUGGAUUCUCUAGUGUUUCAACCCCUGUAAUGUACUCGGUUGCUCGAUCCGCAUGCACUGGUGGUGGCCAGAGCAUUCCAUAUGGUGGUCAGCACGGCCCCCAACAUAUGCAUGCGUUUUCUGGGCACUUGGGAGGAUUCCAAGUUUCCAAUCCUGAACAUGUACCUACUGUACCCACGGGAUUUGGAGGCUCAAAUUCCCUGUAUGGAGCACCUGUGCUACCUUCAGCUUCAAAGUUUGGUGUCAUGAUGCAAGCCCAAAUGACAGCAGCUGAAAUGCCUCCUACCUCGACUUUGACCAAGACUCCACAGAUGAGACUGCACGACCUCAUUCAACUGCAAACCUUUGAUGGCAGCUGGAUCUGGUCGAGCGAACUCUUCGAGCUGUUGGGGUGCAACAUGAACGCAACGAUCACCAGAUUGGCCGCCCUGUACAACAGUGACAAUCGAAAUGUUGAAAAUGGAUUCCCGCAUGGCGACGAGGCUACGGUUCUCGCCACUCUGCUUGCAAUGGGAUCGCUGCAGAAAAAGCACUCGGCGUCGAGGACUGUUUGGGAACUUGUGCAUGCCAAAGCUUCCGAGUGGGUUCAACUGGAGUUAACAAAGAUGCAGAGUCAGGGGUUUCCUGUGGCUCUCAUUGCAUCAAUUCAGGAUGAGAUUGUCAACAUCAUCUAA